AUCCCAUCCCCAUUCCCACUGACGCCUUCACAGAAAGUGUACCUCUCCCCCCCUUUCCCCGAACCCAUCCUGCUCAAAUACAGAUUCCACAAGUCCUAUCGACACCCAGCACUAGAUGCCCAAAUCACCCGCCAGCGCGUGCAGAUGGAGGCAAGGGCGCUGGUGAGGUGCCUCAGGGCGGGUGUAAGGGUGCCUGGUGUGAGGGUAGUAGAUGCGGGAGUGGGAGUGCUGGGAGUGGAGUGGAUCGAGGGGGCUAGUGUUAGACAGGUACUGGGUGGGGGCGCAGAGGCUGAGGAUGAUAACGAGGAGGAAGAGGAGGACGUGCCGAGUGAGGAAAGCGAGAGGAUGCUUCGCGAGUUUGGGAUCACUCGAGAUGAGAUCAUGCGCCUCAUCGGUCUCGAGAUAAGUAAGAUGCACAAGGCGGAUAUCGUGCACGGCGACCUCACAACGAGCAAUAUGAUGCUUCGCUUGCUCUCGCCUCCUCCAGCGACCGGGCCAGCAUCAGAGCUGGUGAUGAUCGACUUUGGCCUGGCAGGCACGAGCUCGAUGGUGGAAGACAAAGCGGUGGACUUGUACGUCCUCGAGAGAGCGUUCGCAAGCACACACCCGGAUAGUGAGAGUUUGUUUGGGGGAGUGCUGGACGCGUAUAGGGAGGGGAUGGGUAAGGCUUGGGACGCGAUUUACAAACGUCUGGAAGAGGUUCGACUGAGGGGCCGGAAGAGAAGCAUGGUCGGCUGA